AUGAAUUCCAACAGCCAAACCCCUGUUUUCGGCGAUCUUACCGCGAAGAAACCAAACGGAAAGGAUGCUAUCUCCUCCGCCGAGCCUGUCAGACGAGUCAGCAAAACCAGAGUUUCUCUCUCUACAGCUGAUUCCGAUGAUGCAAAGUCGAAGAAACCAAACGGCAAGGCUGUUGUCUCCUCCGCCGAUCCGGUCAAUCGAGCCGGUCAAACCGGAGUCUCCCUCGCUACAGCUGUCUCCGGCGAUCCAAAGUCCAAGAAACCAAACGGCAAGGCCGUUGUCUCCUCCUCUAAUGAGAUGAUGUUCUUCAAAGAUGUCAAGUUCGGACCACAAGAAGGUGAGAUAAGGUUUCGUCUGAUACAUUUUUGGGAGGCUCGGAACGUACACACGAAGGUUCUUAUGGGUCUUGAGAUGCUUCUGAUUGACGAACAUGGUACUGUGAUCCAAGGGUUCAUCCCACCAAGCAGGAUUAAGAUCUAUUUGCCAAAAAUGAUCGCUGGUUCCAUCUACAGGCUUAUCAACUUCUAUGGAUCUAAAAGCAAAACUGUGUACCGAGUUGCUGAGCCAGACUUUCCUGUGGAUCGGUUCCGUUUCUAUGGUUAUGAAGAGUUUGAAGCGGCAUGUGACCUCAAGGGGGAUCUUUAUGAUUAUAUUGGUCACAUUAAGCUGGUGAAUGAGCAUGCAUUGGGUGACGGUCUUGUGCUUGAUGAAGUUGAGAUAGCUUCUUCACGGCGAAUUCUGGUUCAUGUUCAGACUCAUGAUGGUCCUGUGAUGAAGCUUUAUUUAUGGGACACUGCUGCUACGGACUUUUGUUUGAAAUUUAAAGCGCAAGAAAACACUCCAAGUGUUAUCCUGGUGACUACCGUAAACCCGAAACGAUUUGGAGGUCAGUAUUAUUUAAAAUGAUUAUGGUUUAUAGUUGUUGAUAGGAUGCAUGAAGAACAUAGAUUAGACACCAUAGGUGUGGAAUAAGCUUUUUUAACUUUUGUUUUGUGCUAAAUUGUUAUUGUUGUGUCUGAU